AUGAACUUCUUCCUCAUACUGCUUAUAGCUACGACUGUCACCAUAGAUGGUGCCAACCUAGUGGGCUCAAUUGCUUUUCAUAUGGUUGUGAAGAAAUAUCGGGAAUUUUUUUUCGCUCCCCAAUACUAUCGUCUCGCCUUCAUGGCAGUUAAGUCUUUCGAUCGCAACAUCCUGGGUAUACUGGUGUCAUUGUCACUCUUCACAGCUGUCCCAUUCAUUGUGACACCUCUAGAGAUCAGAAUCACUGAAAAUGGAUUUGUGCUUCCGGUUAUUAAUUCGAAAUGGUGUUUGCUAUCUGGAUGCUCUCCAUUGUUUGCAGCCUUAAUUUCUAUCAUUCCUCUUGUCCUGACCGGAGAGCUUAACCACUUCUCCGACCUUCUUGUGGUUAUCAGUUCUAUUUGGACGGUUGCCUUUAACAUGCUCUUUACGGUUUUGAGCACAUAUUUCGCAGAUUCGGAUUUGGCCAUGGUCGUUUGGAUUGCUCUUCCAAUCACAUCAUCAGUAUUCUUCUCCUCCGUACUCAUUGGAAGGCUCAUCACUUUCCCAAAGGUCCGUCGUAAUGUGGCCAACAUUGUUUUCUGUAGAGGAACAGCGAAGGUUUCACCAAUUGCCGAACGCCGGCGACAGAUUUUCUAUAUCACUGAUUAA